UGCACUUGUGCAGGUUUUAUUCUGGGUCAUAGAUGCCCACACAGAGUCUAUUCUUGAAGAUCAUGGAGUACCACCGUCAGUGGAUUUUUCUCAUAAAUAGCUGUUGUCUAUUUUACAGUUGUGGGAAUGGCUGCAAAGAGGCGAUUCCUCAAUUAUAUUUCAUCUGCAUUGAUGGUAAUUUCACAAAUCUACCGUUAAAUUUACCGGAAAGUACACAGAAAUUAGACCUCAGUUUCAAUCCACUGAAAUAUAUAAAUUCUAAUUACUUCUCAUACCUCUUCAACCUCCAGUAUCUUGAUCUUACCAGGUGCAGUAUCACAGUUAUUGAAGACUUGGCUUUCUCAGGUCUUGACAACUUGCAUUCUCUGAUUCUCACUGGUAACCCACUGAAAUAUUGUGCUCAUCUAUCCUUCUUUGGACUUAGGUCUUUACAUAGACUUGUUGUAGUGGAAACAUCUCUUAUUUCUAUUUUGGAUCUUCCAAUAGCACAUCUGACAUCUCUCCGAGAAUUAAAUGCUGGUAGCAAUCUGAUUAGCACACUGCAUUUCCCAGAACAUCUGCUCUUUCUCCAUGUUCUUGACCUCCAUGAUAACCAUAUUACUGAAAUUCACUUUAGAGACAUUGUUAACCUAAGGGGUGCAAACACAUUUAACCUCUCUCUUAUAGUGUCUCGUAAUCCGAUUACAUUAAUUUCCCCUGGAGCGUUCAGCUUUGUUACCUUGCGGUUAUUGCAAAUACAAGGCUGUUUUCCUAAUGCAGAGGCUCUAACCAAAGGCUUAAAAGCAAUGUCUGGUCUUCAAGUUACAAACUUAGAAAUUGGACACUAUAGGAAUUCUGCAUUUAAAAUCAUCUUCCAGAAUGAGCUUCUGAAGGGGCUCUGUGAGAUGAAACUCAAUGAACUAACAAUUAAUGGCAUGUACUUCCAAACAACAAAUACAUUGCUUGACUGCUUACAGAAUAUUACAUCUCUACGUUUGGUAAACUCCGAUCUAAAGAUAUUUACCACUCAAUCUGUGCUUUCUCCUAAACUUCAAUAUUUUGAACUCAAAAAGUGUAUGCUCUCCAACUUUUCUUUGGAAAUUGUUUCAAUGUUCCCAUCCCUCCGGGAGAUCAGAAUAACAGAUAAUCCAAAACUCUCUACGUUUACAGAACAUUUAAAUGAUUUAAAUAUGCUUGAAUUAUUGGAUUUGAGUAGAAAUCAAUUGAUGAUAAAGUCUUGCUGCAAUCAGAUAAUCUCUGGCAUACAGGUCCUAUACCAUCUCAACCUAAGUUACAAUGUGCGUAUUGGCUUUAGAAGUGAAUUUCUAAUUAUGCCUCAGCUGUUGUCCUUAGAUUUAAGUCACUCAGAGCUAGAAAAUGUGGGAAAAUUUCCAAUUUUCAUGCUUUUGGGCAAGCUAACUGUCCUUGAUCUUUCAUACACGUAUUGUGAGUUCCUUAUACAUUGUUCAUUUUGUGGGAUGUAUAAUUUGAAAUGGCUCAGUGUGUCGCACACUACCUUUGUUGAUGGCAUACUGGGUACUAUAUUCCGAAAUAUGACUCAACUCCGUUUUCUGGACCUAUCUGCUUGUAACCUGGAGAACAUUCCUAUAGAUACAUUCAAAGGACUUGGAUUAUUGCAGGAGUUAGACCUGAGUAAGAACAGGUUGCUGGAGCUCAAAUCAGCAGUGCUCAACUCACUUCCAGCACUUAUUAAUUUAGACCUCAGUGCUAACCACAUCACAGGAAUGGCUGACGACAUAGCCAGGGUAUUAUCUGUAAGGAUGACAAAAGUGGAUAUCUCUCAGAAUCCAUUCGACUGUUCUUGCAGUCAAGCUAAUUUUUUGCUGUGGGUUCAGGAGCAAAAGAACAGGAUCCUGCUUCACACGAACUAUAUGCUUUGCAAGAGUCCAGAAAACUGGAAAGGUUUGGGGUUGAGCAGUGUGACUUAUGAUUGUAGUAUGGGCCUGUUUGUGGUUGUAGGUGCACUGGCCAUUAUACUUUGUAGCUCAUUGGCAAUUUUAGUAUAUUGCUGUUACUACCACAAAUAUUUGUACCUUAUGUGCCACUGGUGUUAUCAACACCUACAUUCAGAACAGAUGCAAGGAGAAGAGUAUGAUGCCUUUGUUAUAUUUUCAACUGCAGAUGAAGAAUGGGUAAGAGGAGACCUGGUUCCCAAGCUAGAAGAGGGUGUGCCACAAUUUCGUCUUUGCCUACACUACCGAGAUUUCAUACCUGGUAUCCCUAUUACCUCCAACAUAGUCAAUGUACUCCUGAGAAGUCGCAAUUCUCUGGUCAUAAUUUCUAAAAGCUUUAUGCGGAGUCAGUGGUGCAGUUUUGAGUUUGAACUAGCGAAGUCCAGGCAGUUCAUAGACAGUAAAGCAGCCAUAAUUAUCAUUCAGUUGGAGGCAGUAACAGAUGCCCAGCUAAAGCAGAUGCUUGGGCUCCACAAAUACUUACGUAAGAACACUUACUUAAAGUGGGGGGAUGGACCUAUAGAGAGGAGAAUAUUUUGGGUACGUCUACGGGAAGCUUUAAAGCAGGGAUAUAAUCAAUUGAAUCGUACUCCACAGUUAGAAGUCAGUAAAGGACCAGAUGCAUGAAACAAAUUAUACCUCAAUAAGUGCAGUUCACAA